UUUUAAUUACUCAAAGUUAGUUGUUAUUUUUUUUUUAAUUAGAAAUAAACGCGGUUACAACACAGUUUGGCGCAUUUAAAGUGAAGUGAUUGAUUAUAUUCUCGCUAUUUAUUUUGGAGUUGUUUUUUUAAAUAAUUUAUUGUUUUAAAUUAAGGUACACAAUCAUGUUACGAACACUGGUGCUUCUAACAUUAGGGGCAAUUGUCGUAAGCGCUCAAAGAAGAUUAGCAUUACCAGAUCCAAGAAGUUGUGCAAACCGAGUACGUCAUGCUACAUAUAGAGAUGCUCGCGGUGUUGCACAUUCAUAUUUCUUCAGUUGGGAACAUGCGCCAACACGAGCAUUAGAAGUUGAUUGGUUAGAUUCAAGAAAUAUUUGCCGUAGACAUUGUAUGGAUGCCGUUUCGUUAGAAACUCCACAAGAAAAUGAAUUUAUUAAACAACGUAUCGCACGUGGAAAUGUAAGAUAUAUUUGGACUUCUGGUCGUAAAUGUAAUUUCGCCGGAUGUGACCGUGCCGAUUUACAACCACCAAAUAUUAAUGGAUGGUUCUGGUCUGGCUCAGGAGCAAAAAUUGGACCAACAACACAACGUAGUUCCGGUGAUUGGAGUAAUACUGGUGGUUUUGGACAAGCUCAACCUGAUAACCGCGAAGCUGCACAAGGUAACGAUGAAUCAUGCUUAUCAAUCUUAAAUAAUUUCUACAAUGACGGCAUCAAAUGGCAUGAUGUAGCUUGCCAUCACUUAAAACCAUUCGUAUGCGAAGACAGUGAAGAAUUAUUGAAUUUCGUACGUUCACGUAAUCCAGGCAUUCGACUUUAGAAUUAAGAAACAUUUCACACACAACAACAACAACAAAAGAAGAAUAUUAUAAAGAUAGAAAAAAGAGAUUUUUCUCAAUUUGUCAUCCACAUCAUCCUUUCCUUUUUAUCAUCCCCUCCCAUGACCCUUUCUAUCGCAUGUGAAUAAGCUCUAUUCUCCUCGACAAAAAUUGCCUUAUUUUAUUGUAUUUCUGUCAAAUUUAGUAUUAUUGUACAA